CGCCGUGCCGUAUCCGACACCGAAGCUCGUUUAAACCGAAACUCUGGCGCUGUGAAGACGCGCGUCGACACGACGCCGCCCUCGGUCGCACCGUAUCCAACAUGGCAGGUCGAGCCGAUCGCGGCGCCCGUGCGCGUCUCUGACCGUACCCGUACUACUUACUAUGUGCGUUAUAUAAAUGUUACGCAAGUUGAAGAUCGAGUGGCCGGAAGGUGCUUCUCCGAAUCCGAACGGGCCGGUGCGGCCAGCCGAUGUGACCCUCUCGACGGAUCGCCACUAGCACGAUGAGCAGUUACGGUAGUAUAUCGGGAGCAGCAGAUUCUGAUGCGCUAUCGCGGCGGCUGCGCGAGGCUGAGCGCGCGCGUGCGGACGCCGAGCGCGCUCACGCCGACGCCCUCUCCCAGUUGCGGAAUGCGCAGCGCUCGCCUCUCGACGCGCACAAUGUAGAACAGCUACAGUCCCGCGUACGAGAGCUCGAAAAGAAGGCCGCGUUGGAGACGGUUCGUUGUGAAGAGCUGCAGUUGGAGCUGUCGUCGGCGCUGCGAGCGCGGGGUGCCACCUCCUCCACCUGGUCCACGCCGGCCCCCCAGCCCGCCUCGGAGAUAGAACGCAUUAUGGCCAAGAUAGAGCAGGAUAACAGGAUCCUUGCCGAGCUGGACCACACAAGAUCUACUACACACGGUAUGCAGUCCAGCGGAUCCAAUCAAGCCCUUGGAGAGUUUCAUUCACCGACCCCUUCGCCGCUGCCACAUUCGUACUCGAGCACGACGGGCCACAUGGCAAUUUGCCAGAGCAACACGAUGCCCACGUUGUCCUCUCUUCACGCGACCGGACAGUUUACCGCACCCAGCUCCAACUCCGUUGCAUAUUCCAUGAGCGCACACAAUCCUACAUCUUAUUCUAACCCUAUACCCUCGUACUCGACUAACACCUACGGUUUGUCAAACACGCAUCAAGUUAGCUUUACCAAUCCUGUCACUGCUCCUCUUGUUAACAGUAUCAGCCAAAUAUCUAGCACCCUGGCCGGUCUCCAGAGUAACCUUCAAAAUAUUACUGGUAACGUUUCUGCAUUGAGUUUAGGUGGUACGCUCACUGGUUCAACGUUAACAGGAACGAUGGCCGGGUCAGGACUGACGGGCUUGAAUACCGUUCCAACGUCGCUUCCUGGCGCGAUUACACACACGUUGGGAUUACAAUCUUCACUCACUGGGGGAUUAGGAAAUAUGUCAAAUAUAGCAACCGGCACUCAGCUCAGUGCUCUCAAUACUAGUCUAACCGGGACCGGCGCUUAUGGCACAAGCGCCGGUACUUACACAAAUCCACUACUGACCGGUGGCUUGCCUGGAAACUCGAUGAAUAUCAAGUUGAAACCCCUGGACGAAAUAGAUCUCGGCUUAGGUAGAUAUGCGGCUAAUACUUCAAAUAUAGUUAGGGUACCGACUCCAGUAACACCGCAUCAACCGACAUGGAACUUAGGAUUAGAUAACCAAUUCGGAACUGAUAGACUCGGUGGUUUAGACUCAGGAUUUAGUCAUGAUCGAAACCAGAGAGGAUUAACAAGAAUGAUGCCAAAUACUGGAUUGGAUAUUGAUGUUCGCAAUUCUCAUUUUAUGAAUGGGGGUGCGCCAGUGGAGAAUCAAGUUGACAUGUUAGACAUUCCAGGUAAAGGCCGUUGCUGCGUAUACAUUGCAAGAUUCUCUUACGACCCUCCCGAUAUCGAAAGUGCUGACGGUGAACUGUCGCUUAACGCUGGCGAUUACUUAAUCGUGUGGGGUCCGCCGGACCCUAAUGCUUCUGUGCUUGAAGCUGAAAUGCUUGAUGGACGUCGUGGCUUUGUUCCCGCAAACUUUGUGCAAAGGCUGGUCGGAGACGAUCUAUUAGAAUUUCAUCAGGCGGUGAUAUCGACGUUACGAGACACAGACGAGCCCACGACGACUACGAUUAGCGACCUGUCCCUUAGCCGCGACGUGGCGCGCCUCAGCGAAAUGGCAGACAUCAGCGAAGGCCCCGAAGACGAUGAUAACGCCGAGCUGUUUUUCUCGUCGCUAGUGCCUGCGCCGCGACAGCUCACGCUCGAGAGGCAGCUCAACAAGUCGGUGCUCAUCGGCUGGACGGCGCCCGAGGGGGUGCAGCAAGCUAAUAUCGAAAGCUACCACGUGUACGUCGACGGCGUCCUCAAAACCACCGUUAAGGCGUCAGAACGCACUCGCGCCUUGGUCGAAGGCGUAGAUGCUAACCGACCACAUCGAAUAAGUGUGCGCUCGGUGACUGCCACUCGUCGUACGUCGCGGGACGCAGCGUGCACCAUGGUGAUAGGUCGAGACACGGGCAACAUGGGCCCGACCUGCGUUCGAGCCAGCGGCGUCACCUGCUCACAAGCCGUCAUCUCCUGGCUACCAGCUAACUCCAAUCACCAACACGUCGUCUGCGUCAAUAACGUUGAAGUUAGAACAGUUAAGCCGGGCAUAUAUCGUCAUACGAUCACUGGCCUCUCGCCCAGUACGCAGUAUCGAGUGACUGUGAGGGCGAAGCACUUAAGAACGGGCCCUCCAGGAAUACCGAUAGAAGAAGCUCCUGGCGCGUACACCGAUUUCCGAACGUUGCCAAAAGGCCUGCCGGAUCCUCCGAAUGAGAUCAUGGUGGAAGCGGGGCCCCAGGACGGGACGCUCCUUGUGACCUGGCAGCCCGUACUGCGCCCUCCGGCCUCCGGCCCCGUCACCGGAUACGCGGUGUACGCCGAUGGGAAGAAGGUCACCGACGUUGAUUCACCGACCGGUGAUCACGCUCUCAUCGACAUUGGCAAACUCAUUGGCCUCAAUCCAAAGUGUGUCACUGUGCGUACAAAAUCUCGCGACAGCCAAUCCAGCGAUAGUGCUCCGACGCCGAUCCCGCCGGCCGUGCUGCGCGGUGUGGCGUCGCGGAUGCCCCGCGGGGCGCCGAUGCUGAACCAGCCCACGCCGGGCUUCCGUGGCCAGCAGAGACCGCAGCCCUACCAGCAGCAGCAACAAGUCAUAGAGCACGACGAAAAUUUAUCUGAUAAGGAAAUAUUUCCGAGUGCGAAUCGUCACGACCAACAUGCUGCUCAGCAAACCGGUGGAUUCGGCACAGGUCUACUAAAGAGUAUAUUCGACAAAAUAACCCCUUCGCAAUCGGGGAUACCGGCCAUCGAAAUCACUAAAGAGGGCGCCGCGGAGCAGAUGAGUUGCGAAGAGGAUGAGGCGACGCGCCGUCGGCCGCAGCAACCGUCCCAACCGAGUCAAGCGUCGCAGCCGCCUUCGGGUCAGCAGUACCCGAAUACACCAGCUUACCAUGGCACGCAGCAACCCCCCUAUCCACCGGCCGGCCAGUUCCAAAGUAGCCAGCCGGCCCAGUACCCCGGCCAGCAGCAGCAGUACCAGAACCCGACGAACCCGAGAAACCACCACGAAAGAGGCCGCCCUCCUAACCCCCACCAGGUGGGUCAGCAGGGCGGCAUGCAGAGCACUAUGCAGGGCUAUGGGACGCGUGGCGCGCCGCCGUCGGGUCCCCGAGGGCCGCCGCAGGGGCCUCGCCAGGCGCAAGCCCAUCCACAGUCUAAGAGGAGUCGCUACUUCAUCGCUUUGUUCGAUUACGAUCCGGCGACCAUGAGUCCCAAUCCUGAGAGUUGUGAUGAGGAGCUACCGUUCAGCGAGGGAGACACAAUCAAGGUUUGGGGUGACAAGGAUGCCGAUGGCUUCUACUGGGGCGAGUGUCGGGGUCGCCGCGGCUACGUUCCGCACAACAUGGUGGUGGAGGUGUCUGAGCAGGAGGCCACGGGCCAGGUGGCGAAGCCUCGCGAUCGCUGGACCGACGCAUACGCGAACCAACCCGUCCGGCGCAUGGUUGCCUUGUAUGACUAUGAUCCGCAGGAACUAAGUCCAAAUGUCGAUGCUGAUGCGGAACUUAGCUUCCAGACGGGUCAGAUAAUUCACGUGUACGGUGAGAUGGAUGACGACGGUUUCUAUAUGGCGGAAAUCGACGGCAUGCGCGGCCUCGUACCCAGCAACUUUCUCACUGAAGCCAACGACCAGUAUGGCCCCCAGGGGCACUCCAGUCAAGGUGGAGCCCAAGGGGUUGCCGGAUUGGGUGGGCGAGGAGUGGGUCCGGGCCCCACGCCGCAGAUCCCAGGUGCCGGGCGGGGUCGAGGCGCAGCGCCAGGGCCCGGCGCCCGCGGUCCCCCGCCGCCGCCACGCGACAACGUCGCCCCCGCGCCCCGCAACCACCACCGCAAGACAGAUGCCUGCCCUCUUCCCCCUUCUCAGUUAGACCACAACACAUCCGCCAGUAAUCCAGAACAGGCGAAUUCUCAGGAAGGUUUGCAACAGCAGGCGAGGGCGAGAGGCGCAGCGAGCGGUCAGGCGGCGAGCACGAUCGCGCGCACGAGCGCUGGUAACGCGAGCACGCCGCCGGUGCAGUCGCCUGGCACGCCGGCCGCCGCGCCUCCCGCACAACCCUCGCCCGCGCGCCGCGCCGGUCCAGCCGUUGUGCCCGCACCCCAACCGCAACCCCCCACAACACAGCCCCCCACCUCGCAGCCGAACCUCAUGCAGAAGUUCACGGAGAUGACCGCCCCCGGUGGAGACAUCCUCAGCAAAGGCAAAGAGCUAAUCUUCAUGAAGUUUGGACUCGGAGGUAAAUAAUGCCGGCGCCGCGGCCCCCCGAGGCCCCAGUGUGUGCUCGUCGAAUCGUAAAUCGUUUAAGUGCGACGUCUCAAAUUCUUCUCUUACGUUAUCAAUUGGUUCUGCUGCUGCUGGAAGGCAAUUCGUGUAAAUCGGGUUUUCUACAAAUCGUUUGACAGUUACGAGAAUAUGUUUAAGGACUGUAAAUAAAAUCAAUAAACGCACAGUUUAGUGGAUAUUCAUAUGUUAGUGCAGUCCCGAUAGCCGCACGAUUGGAGUCUCGAUAGUCGACACCCGAGUAUAGAUUUAUCUUGAAUUUCUGUCUUGGGCCUGUUGUCAUUUGUUAGAAU